AUGGAGGAAGAGGCGGGUUCCAGCGUGAGGAGGAUGGUGGACCCAGAUCCCGGAUACUAUUCUCCCAAUGAGUCCAUCCACUACGUGGGCUCCCCGGAGCCUCGUGGUCCCCUCGCGGCCUUCUGCCUGGCCUCCGUCAAGGAUUGCAAGAUCUUAUGCUUUGAGACCCGGAGGUAUUUGCACACCUGCUUCGACCGGGACUUCCUGGCCUCCAGCGCCAGCCGCCGGGAUCUCUGGCGCCUGCUGCUGCCGCUGCCGGGGAUCAUCGCGCUGGCAACGGACCGGGGCAAUCAUGAGUUGAUGUUCAUGGAUGCAGCGGCCUCAGUCCGAUUGCAGCGUGAGACAAUCUGCUAUUUGCUGAGCCUGCCACAGGAGGAGCGGGAAGCGAUGGAACAAGCAGAGAACUAUACCUUCACCAUGGAGCACCCCGCGCCAGAAACGGUUCCCGGCUCGCGAGCCUCGCGAUGCGGGGUGCUGGAGGCGGACACCGUGGCCGCAGCUAAGCUGCUGGAGCGUGUUGGUUUCAACGUUGUCCUCCUCAGCUUUGCGCAUGGGUACAACUGUGGUGGAGGCUUCGAGCAUGCGGGCGGCAGCCAGGAAGAGGCGAUCUUCCGCAGCACGUCGAUCUUUCUGAGUCUUUGGCCCCAUCGCCGGAAGGACGACGGGCCCGGGGUGCUGCGGCGGGGCGCCUGGAUCGGGGACUUCGACGCGGCGCUGCCCCGCAAGGAGCCCUUCUACGAGCACACGGAGUGCGGUGCAAUAUACUCGCCGCACGUACGUAUCGUGGAGGGCCUGGCAUCGGACGUGGGGCGCUGCCCAAAGGUGGCGGUGCUGACCGUGGCCGCGCAGGACGUGGGCCGUGUCAAGCCUUUCCGCCAAGACCUGCUGCGCGAGAAGAUCCGCACAACUUUGUGGGUCGCUGCGACCCAGGGCCAUGAUGCCGUGGUGCUGGGAGCCUUUGGCUGCGGAUAUUUCGGGAAUCCGCCAGAAGCUGUCGCUGAUACCUGCGAAGACGUUUUGAACACAGAGUUCAAAGGCGUGUUUCACUGCGUGGUCUUCGCGCUGCUGCGGGACCGGAAUUUUUCGAGCUUCGCCAAGCGUUUCCCCGUGGUGACGGAGGAAGACCUGGCCUCCUUGACCGGGCGGUGA